AUGUCAGAUUAAGAAUAUGAUUAUGACUAUGAUUAUGAUGAGAAUCAAAUUGAUUAAGAAGAAGACCAAGAUGAAAUAGAAUUAGAAAAUAAUUAUAAUAGAGCAGAAGAUGAAUGGAAACUCAAUCCAGAUAUGGCAUUUCAACUCUUUAAUGAAGUAAUAUAGAAAGAGAAGUCUAAAGAUAUUAAUUCCAGAAAGUGGAGUUUUAAGAGUUAUUAAGUAUUUACUUUUCAUUAAUAUUUAAUAGUUUUUGAUUUAGAUAGCAAUUAUGAAAUCUAAAUUUUAAGAUGAUCAAUUUCUUGAAUAUAUAUAAGGAUUUUUAGAAUUAUUAGAUAAAUAAUAUAAGACAGAAGGAGAUAAAGCACUUAAGAUUGUUGUUGAUGCACUAAUGAAUUCAAAUAAUUCUCAUCUUAUUUCUAUUGUUUUACCAAACUUAUUAGAUAAAUUAAAAUUUAUGAAUCAAAUAGGUAUUUAUUGUGGAGCAAGUAUGAAAUUAUGCAAAGAUUAUUUUUAAAAAGGGGAUUAUAUUAAAUUAGAAGAAACAAUUAAUGUAUAUUACUAUUAUAAUAUUAAAGAAUAUCUAAUCUGUUUUGGAUAAUAGUCAAAUACAAGAUGAAGAUAGAAAAAAAGCAUUUAUUUCUGAAUUAUUGGCUUACAGAGUUCUACUAUACAAUAUUACAAAUCGUCAAGAUUAGAUUAAACCAAUUUAUAGAUAAUUAUUAAAAUCAAAUUUAGAUUUACUUGAACCUUAUGUAUUAAUCAUUUAUAAUUAAGAUAUCUGGAGUUAUCAAUCUAACAAUUGGUUAAUAAAAGGCUCUUGAAAGAUAAUAUGAAUAAAGUAGAAAGAAACUUAUGGAAGCUUUCUAUAAUUUCUUAGAUGCUAGUUCACCAGAAGCUAAAUAGACUCUUAUUUAUGCAUCUGUAAUUAGUAUUCUUGAAAAUUUUAAAAUGAACUUAUUUGAUGAUAUGAAGAGUAAAGUUUAUGAUUAAGAUCCUAUGGUUAAAGUAUUUUAAGAUUUAAGAUUAUCUUAUGAAUAAUAAAAUGUUUAGACUUUUAGUAACAUUAUUAAUUCAGAAGUAGAAUAUAUUUUAUAUUUCAUAGUUAUUUUAAAAGGAUCCAUUUUUGGCAUAAUUGAAACCUUAUUUAUAAUAAAUAAUUGUUGAAUGCAAAAUCUUAAGAUAUGCUAAAUGUUAUUCAACAAUUAAAUUGGAUUAUUUGUCUAAACAAUUAUUGAUUGAAAUUCCUGUUUUAAAAAAAUAUAUUUAAGGAUUAAUAACAAAAAAAUAGUUUAAUGGUUUAAUUGAUGAAAUAGCAGGAUAUUUAGAAAUUAGAGGAGAAGUUGCAGAAACAUAAACAAAGGCUCUAAAAGUAAUUGUUGAUCAAAUUAAAAUAUUUGAUUAUUGA